AUGGUGGGCAGGAAAAGACAGGGCCGUGCUACGCAGCAGGACAAGUCAGGGAACAAAGACCACUGUGUCACGUGUCACCAUGCACCCAAGGGACACGGCACAAUGGCUGUCCCUCCUGCAUAUACAGACCUGGGGAAGUCGGCGAAAGACAUCUUUAGCAAGGGCUAUGGUUAUGGAAUUCUCAAGAUGGAUAUAAAAACCAAGUCCCAAAAUGGUGUUGAGUUUGCCACGUCAGGCUCCAGCAACACAGACACGGGCAAGUCAGGCGGCCACCUGGAGACCAAGUACAAAAUAGGGGAGCUGGGCCUCACCCUCAGCCAGAAAUGGAACACCGACAACACUCUUGUCACAGAAAUCAACAUGGAAGACCAGCUUGCAAAGGGCUUGAAGCUUGGCCUGGACACCUCAUUUGUACCCAACACAGGCAAAAAGAGCGCCAAACUGAAGACUGCUUACAAGCGCGACUUUGUCAACAUGAGCUGCGACUUGUUGUUCGACAAAGCCGGUCCCACUGUUCACGGCACCGCCGUGCUGGGCUAUGAGGGUUGGCUGGCAGGCUACCAGGUGGCUUUUGACACCGCCAAGUCCAAGCUUACCAUGAACAACUUCGCUCUGGGAUACAAAGCCCCUGACUUCCAGCUUCACACCAAUGUCAACGAUGGCACAGAGUUCGCCGGCUCCGUUUACCAAAAGUUGAACAGCAAAAUGGAAACCGCGGUCCACUUGGCCUGGACGGCCGGUAGCAACAACACGCUCUUUGGAGCAGGCGCAAAAUACCAGCUGGAUAAGGACGCCUCUCUUUCUGCCAAAGUCAACAAUGCUUGUCUUGUCGGAGUCGGAUACACCCAAACCCUCAGGCCAGGAAUCAAGCUGACACUGUCAGCGCUCAUUGAUGGAAAGAACGUUAACGGGGGCGGACACAAGAUGGGCCUGGGCUUUGAACUGGACGCUUAA